AUGCCGCAGCAUAGCCGGCCGGGCAGCGUCCUCAAGAAGCGGGAUGUGCACUCGCGGGCCAGCGACUGCCGGCUGUCGCCGCCUCUGAGCCUGGCGCGCGCCCCCACGCGCGCCACCUGCGCCAACUCCGCGUGGUCCUCGCGGCCCAACACCGCGCGGGCGCAGUCCAGGGAGAGGAAUGAGACCGAAGCAGGCUACAGCCUGGAAAAGCUGCCGGUGGCGCGACCCCUGCGCCUGGAGAACCAAAGCGCGGAGCUCAUCGAGGACUUGGAGCGCCUCAGCGGCCGCAGGCCCAAAGUCGCCCUGGCGGAGGAGAUCAUCCACAAGGCCAACGGCAGGCUGGAGGACUUCUUGAGCUGCGAGUCCCCCAAGAACGCGAAGCAGCUCUCCCGGCGCUUCUCGGAGCUGCAGGACAGCGAGCAGCUGCACUCCAAGUUCUCCGAGCUGGUGAGGAAGAUCGACCAGGCCUUCAGCGGUGGAUCCGUGGCGCUACCGGCGGUGACGCUGCGCCCGGGCUCAGUACUGGAGGAGACGCUGGAUGCCAAGUCCACGCUGGCAGUGACCAUCCCCCUGCCCCGACGCCGGGUGGAGGUGGUGGUUGGCUUGGCUCGCCUGAGUGGGGCCGCCAGCGAUUUGCGGGUGUACGGCUCGGAUGUGGAGCCGCCCAGCUCCAACAACUACGAGCUGGAGGAGGAGGGCGGGGAACUGUGCUACCGCCAUGACCCCGACUUGGGCGCUCGCGCCAGUGGGGUUGCAGCUGUGCGCACGGCUUUGUUCCUGUCGGUGGAGGCGGAUCAGCCCGCGAGCUUCCGGCUGAGGGUAACGCUGCGCAGGAUCCAGGACGCCCAGUACGGCAGCCUGCAGACCGCCUGCAAGCGCGUGGAGCAGAGGCUGGCGCUGCUGCGGGGGGAUGCCAUGCAGAAGCACCAGUUUGAGGAACGGCUCAAAGAGGCCAAGGAGCAUCUGCACGGGAAGCCCACAGCCAAGAACUUCCGGAAGAUCAACCGCGCGCGAGUGCAGGAUUGGGAGGAGGGCGCGGCCAGGCACGCGCGGCUGGUGAAGCAGACGCUGCGCAUGGGCCUGGCGGAGCAGCGAAGGGAGGCCCUGGAGGAAGAGCGCGAGGAGCGGAUGGUGUGGUGGGUGGAGAAGCACCAGCUGCGGAAGUUCGAGAAAGAGGAGCAAGAGAGGCUCAGGCACGAGGCCUUCUUGAUGGAAGAAAGGCGAGCUGAGUGGAUGGCAAAGCUGCUGCUGGUCAGCUUCACUGUGCGCCUUUUUACCAAGGUAAAGGGCCAGCAGAAGUUUCGAGAGGCCGCGAAGAAGGAAGCUCUUGCGUGCCUCAAGAUCCAGCUCUGGGUGAGACGAAACCUCAGCCGCUUUCGCCGGCGGAAGCUGUACUCCAAUGUCCUGAAGAUGCGGCUGGCCGUCACCAGCUCUGUCCGUCAAGCCAAGAUGGGCGCAAAGUUCAUCGGCCAUGACAGGGCGCUCUGGUUCCUGAACGUGCACCUGUGCUCGCAAGAGAACUUGUCCUUCGCCGACUUGGUGAAGAAGUACGUGGCGGCGGUGCGGCGCGUUCAGCGGGCCUUUCGCCGGAACCUGACGAUUCGGAGGGCGCACGUGGAGGUGCUGAUGGCCCACUUCACCGCGGAGCACCUGGUCAAGGCGGAGCUGGCGAAGCUGCUGAAGAUGGCGCUGCGGGAGCCCAAGCCGCCGGAGAAGCCCAAGGAGCUGAAGGAGAAGGAGAAGCCCAAGCGAGGUGACCGGAAGGCCGCCUCCGCCCCGAAGGCCUCCGCGAAGGCGAGCGCCGCGGCGAAUGCGGCGGCCAAUGCGGCGGCGACUGCGGCGCCGUCGUUCCGGCUGCGGCGGCGGAACGCGGUGGUGGUGGACCCCUCCAAGCUGAUCCCGGACCUGGCCGCCGGCUGGGUGAAGGAGUACAAGAUGGGGAAGGAGGUGAUUCCACAUUACAUCCGCUCCUACGUCGUCCAGAAACAUGUGAGGGAGAUGCAUCAAUCGUAUUGCCAAAGAUAUGCUGACUGGCAGCGGAGAAAGCAAGAGCUCGCCGUAGACAUCGACCUCAACAAGAUGACUGGGGUGGGGGAUACUGACAAGCUCCGCGAGAUUGAGGUGGUGCCCAUGAAGGUGGAGGUGAGCCGGAUCCGCGACCUGUAUGAUGAGACCUACAACACCUACAUCAAGAAUGGCUUCAAGUCUCUAACUCACAGCGUCCGCCGACAGUGGAGGAAGGUGCUGCAUGGAUGGCGGCGAGUGGCGAUGUGGGGACUUUUCCACGACGAGCAAGAUGACGUCGGACCUCAUGCUCUUCUUGCUUGGGGUCGGGAGAGUGUGGGCCCGGCGCUGGGGAGCGCUUCCAGCCCCGUGCAAAGACUGCGGGCCAAAUCGCCCGGCCCGCCUCCCUCGGCGCAACGCUGGCCUUGA